CAUGCCACAUCCCCAUGCGUUUACCAUCCGCCGGCACCUCUCUCAGAAAACACAGCGCCCUUUAUCUUAACCGACAGCCAGAGACAAAAGGCUGAAAAGAUAUGACAGCGAGGAAAGGCGCCUUCCAGCCGCUGUCCAGCGGGCGCCUUCAGGAAAGGAAGGGAGCGGGGGACCGGUCCAAGGCUAACCCGGAGUGGUCUUCUCCCUCCCCGCUGCAGGAGCCGGAGAGAGAGCCUCCGUCCGCGGCGGAGAUCCACGCCAACGUGGUGGGAGCCGUGGCGGGAUCCGGAGCAGCGGACGAGUCCUCGGACAGCGAAGCGGAGCAGGAAGGCCCCCAGAAACUCAUCCGAAAAGUGUCCACCUCCGGCCAGAUCCGUAGCAAGACGAGCAUAAAGGAGGGACUGCUGCUGAAACAGACCAGCUCGUUCCAGAGGUGGAAAAAGCGCUACUUCAAGCUGAGAGGUCGAACGCUCUACUACGCCAAAGAUGCCAAGUCCCUUAUCUUUGACGAGGUGGACCUGUCAGAUGCCAGUGUUGCAGAGUCCAGCACAAAGAAUGUCAACAACAGCUUCACAGAAAGCCUCGGGGUCAUCAGUGGCUGUCAUUUUUGGGAGGGCGAUUUGGGGCCAGUGGGUUGGUGGAGUGGCCAAAUCACCCCCGUGGGCAGCUGGAGGGGAGUGCAGCAGCUCCCUCAAGAGACCCCGGUCUUUGGCCUGCUGAGCAGCCAUUCCCUGCAGGGCUUGGGUCUGGUCAAGGAGGGCCUGCAGUUGCUGGUGCUGCAUCCUGGCCUUGCUCUCCUGUCAGGGAUGCACAACUGGUACGCCUGCUCCCACGCACGCCCCACCUUCUGCAACGUCUGUAGAGACAGCCUGUCUGGGGUCACCUCCCACGGCCUCUCCUGCGAAGUUUGCAAAUUUAAAGCCCACAAGCGCUGUGCUGUCCGAGCCACUAAUAACUGUAAAUGGACGACCCUCGCUUCCAUAGGCAAAGAUAUCAUUGAGGAUGAGGACGGGAUUGCUAUGCCCCACCAGUGGCUGGAGGGAAACCUACCUGUCAGUGCCAAAUGUGCCGUGUGUGAUAAGACGUGUGGCAGUGUACUGAGACUGCAGGACUGGCGAUGCCUUUGGUGUAAAGCUAUGGUGCACACAGCCUGUAUGGACCUGUACCCUCGCAAGUGUCCUCUGGGCCAGUGUAAAGUUUCCAUCAUUCCUCCUACGGCCCUCAACAGCAUCGACUCAGAUGGCUUCUGGAAGGCCACCUGUCCCCCAUCGUGUGCCAGUCCUUUGCUGGUCUUCGUCAACUCAAAGAGCGGAGACAACCAGGGAGUGAAAUUCCUUCGACGGUUCAAGCAGCUGCUCAAUCCAGCCCAAGUCUUUGACCUGGUUAACGGCGGCCCCCACCUAGGUCUGCGGCUGUUUCAGAAAUUCGACAACUUCCGGAUCCUGGUGUGCGGAGGGGACGGAAGCGUCGGCUGGGUCCUUUCAGAGAUAGAUAAGCUCAACCUUCACAAACAGUGCCAGCUGGGUGUGCUGCCCUUGGGCACAGGUAAUGACCUGGCACGGGUGCUGGGCUGGGGACCGUCGUGUGACGACGACACCCAGCUUCCCCAGAUCCUGGAGAAGCUAGAGCGAGCUAGCACUAAGAUGCUGGAUCGCUGGAGCAUCAUGACCUAUGAGAUCAAGAUCCCAUCCAAACACAGCUGUCCCACCACGCCUGAGGGAGCCGACGACUGCCAGUUCCACAUAUCAGCGUAUGAACACAAAGUAGCCACCCACCUCACAAAGAUCCUCAACUCCGACCAGCACUCCGUGGUCAUCUCCUCUGCCAAGAUCCUGUGUGAGACGGUGAAGGACUUUGUUGCCAAAGUGGGGAAAACCUAUGAGAAAAGCACAGAAAACAUGGAGGAAUGUGACACCAUGUCUCUCAAGUGUGCCGUCCUGAAUGAGAAGCUGGACUCACUCCUCCAGACCCUCAAUAUGGAGUGCCAAGCCCUGCCUCCCCUCCCCCACUCCACUCCCCCCAUUGUUGAGGAGGAACAGGAGGAAGAGGAGGAGGAGGAAGAGGCGAGCGAGGAGAGCCUGACGGAGCUGAAGGAGAAACUGGAGGAGGAGGAGACGGAGAAAGGUGGAGGGGGCUCGCCACACCGCCUCUUUAAAGGCAGGGAGCAGCUAAUGCUCAGAGCCAACAGUCUGAAGAAAGCUGUACGGCAGAUCAUCGAACAGGCUGAGAGAGUGGUGGAUGAACAGAAUGCCCACACAGAGGACACAGAGCUGCCGUCUCCCCUGGCGUUCAGGAAGGACAGUGAGGAGGAGAACCGAGACAGUGAGAAGGACGAGGACACCAAGGAACUGGAGGCUCUGCCCUCUGCCAAGAGUCCCUGUUCCCCGACAGAGAGGAGGGUGAGCCGCAGCACCCAGUCCUGCGGCUCCUUCUCCAUCACCCCCUUCACCACCAGCAAGGAGAACCUCCCUGUACUCAACACACGCAUCAUCUGCCCCGGCUUGCGGGCCGGUCUUGCUGCCUCUAUAGCUGGCAGCUCCAUCAUCAGCAAGAUGCUGUUGGCUAACAUCGACCCCUUCGGUGCCACACCCUUCAUCGACCCUGACCUGGACUCACUGGAUGGCUACUUGGAGAAAUGUGUGAUGAACAACUACUUUGGCAUCGGCCUAGAUGCCAAGAUCUCCCUGGAAUUUAACAACAAGCGAGAGGAGCACCCAGAGAAAUGCAGGAGCCGGACCAAGAACAUGAUGUGGUACGGUGUGCUGGGAACCAAGGAGCUGCUGCAGAGAACAUACAAGAACCUGGAACAGAAGGUCCAGCUGGAGUGUGACGGUCAGUACAUUCCCCUGCCCAGUCUUCAGGGCAUUGCGGUGUUAAACAUUCCAAGCUAUGCUGGCGGGACCAACUUCUGGGGCGGCACCAAGGAAGACGAUAUCUUCUGUGCUCCGUCGUUUGAUGAUAAGAUCUUGGAGGUAGUGGCUGUGUUUGGGAGCAUGCAGAUGGCUGUGUCCAGAGUAAUUAAACUGCAACAUCAUCGUAUAGCACAGUGUCGUACUGUGAAGAUUACUAUCCUGGGCGAUGAAGGGGUUCCCAUACAGGUGGAUGGAGAGGCCUGGAUCCAGCCUCCUGGAGUCAUCAAGAUCCAACACAAGAACAGAGCUCAGAUGCUCACCAGAGACAGGGCAUUUGAGAACACAUUGAAGUCAUGGGAGGACAAGCUGAAAUAUGAUAAACCUCCCCUGCGGCCCCACCUCUAUCCGCAGCAAUCCAUGGACUUGGCUACUGAGGAGGAGGCAUCCCUGGUCCAGAUGUGUGCCCGUGCAGCAGAGGAACUCAUCACAAGGAUCUGUGAGGCAGCAAAGACCAAUGGACUUCUAGAGCAGGAGCUUGCUCACGCUGUCAAUGCCGCAUCUCAUGCCAUCAACAAGACACACCCCAAGUUCCCUGAGAAUCUGACCAGGAACACAGCUAUAGAGGUAGCCAGUACUGUGAAAGCCCUCCACAAUGAGACUGAGUCUCUCCUUGUGGGCCGUGUCUCCUUGCAACUGGACCCACCAGAGGAGGAGCAGCUGUCCAGUGCUCUGCAGAGUGUGGAGAUAGAACUGGGCAAACUGGGAGAGAUCCCCUGGCUCUACCAUAUACUGCAGCCCAAUGAUGAGGAGGACCACUCUCUGGAGUACGGCAAGAGGAACAGUCGAAGCAGCAUGUUCCGCAUAGUGCCCAAGUUCAAGAAGGAGAAGGCCACCAAGAAGACCAGUCCUCAAUCAGUGGAGAGGUGGGGCACAGAAGAGGUGGGCAUCUGGCUGGAACAGCUGAGCCUGGGCGAGUACCGGGAUACCUUCAUCCGCCACGACAUACGGGGCGCCGAGCUGCUACAUCUGGAGAGGAGGGACCUGAAGGAUCUGGGGAUAUCGAAAGUGGGUCAUAUGAAGAGAAUUCUCCAGGGAACUAAGGACCUGGCUAAGGCCACCAUGGUGGACUUCUAACCUGGAAGCAGAAUCUCCCAUAGAGGGAUAACAUACUUCCCCUUCUCCACAGCAGAAGAGUUUGGGAACACGAUAGACCAAGAAGGGAGAACUUGGUUUUCAGAGUUAGGUGGAUUUUAUCCAUGUGUUUGUUGAGAAAGCCCAGGAGAUGUUUAGAAAGAGAUUCGACGGUGUGUUUGUUAGUGCUCUGGUGCCAAAGGACAGUUGAGAAAAGUUGAUAGAAGUGCAAAAGGAAGUCACGUAUCCUCACUAAAAGCCAUUUCUAAUGUAAUUUCCAGUCAUGGCACACAAUCAGGUAUGCAACUUAUUAUUUUUCAGACAGUGACUCGUCUGACUUGAGAUAACGAAGUCCAAGUAGCGAAACAAGGACAUCCAUUAAUGAGUGCAUAGUCCAGUUCAGUUCAGCAAUGCAGAGAUUUUGUAAUGCUUACUGGCUCCCCGUCGACCAUUAGACGGCUGCAGAUGGAUUUAGCAACCGUGGGAUUUCAACAGCACUGUUGUCCAAUGAAGACAGAUUCAGAGAGCUGUCACAUCACAGACAAGACUGCAAUCUGUAAGGUGCAGUCUCUGAAGACUGAAAUGCUGUUGCAUGCUAUGCUGGCUUGACUUUAGACAUGUUUAAUUGCAUGAUUAUUGUCUUAAUUUUUUGUGCAUUCAGAAUAACACUUGAACAAGUUUUAUAUGACUUAAGUAUUAUGAUGCCAUUUGUUACUACUGAAAGCAUCCUUUGUGGUCUGAAUCAAGAUUUUUUUUUAGCUUUUAUUUAUUUUGUUUGCAUGAUAAUUACGUGUCAAUGACUUGUGUCAGGUGCCAUAUUUUCAGUGUCAUGCUAGUGUUAAAUGUGCUUUAUUGGUAGAAGUAAGAACUUUAAGAAGUGUCGAUGAGGUAUGAAUAUUAAUAGGAAUUAAUAUCUGUAGGACGGCGCAAUCUCUUUUGAUGCGAAAAUCAAUACCAAAGUGAAUGUCCAGGACACUUCCAACCCGAACCAUUUGAGGACCUUGGUUAGAAAGUUACUCUUCAUUAAAUAGAGAUAACACAUUUACUCCUUGAGGCUAGUAGGUGUUAUGAAUAAUAAUGGCGGGGGCAGGGGUUAGUAUUAGUCAGGAAGGAUGCAAAGUUGUUGGCCUAAAACCAACUACGUAUACUGUAGACCGUUUUUUUUAAAUUUUAUUUUGUUUUAUUUUUUGUUCUUUUCUAAGGAAUACUUUAAAGGCACUUUUUAACUUCUUGCUUAAUGCAAGCGCAAACCCUCAUAUCAUUACAUAGAAUUAACAGUUCACCUCAAUUUUUGAACUUUUAAGCAAUUAAAUAUCCAGUAUUUCACACUAUAACACUAUUUUAAUGGGAAUAGGAGUUAGAUAUUUGUUUUAAUUAUAUGAUAGAGCAGUUGAUCUGCAGCCUGCAUAAGACUUGCUCAAGUGCAGCUUUUCUUUUCCAUUUUUUUUCUCUCCAAAUUACGAGCAAGAUGUGGAUAGAAUACUACUUUUCUUAUUGGGUUCUAUAAGAUUGGAGGCAUUACAGGGUCUAUUUGUACAUGUGAUGCUAAGUUUGUGCGUGUGUGUUAUACCAGUGUAUGCAAAGACUGUAAGUGUCGUAGUCUAAUGCCUUUGUAGAUGGCUGACAUGGUAUGCAUUGUCGACAGCCUAUGUAUAUUGCACCAUAACACCAUUUGUGGAUUAUUAAUUCUGUUUUAAUCUCUUGUACAUGAUAAUGCUGUUGUAUUCUUAUGAUGGUGCAAUAUUUUAUCCCUUGUUUUGAUACCAGUCUCAGCUUUCUGAUGUAGUGGGGGGGGGGGGGAAUACAGAGAGAGGUUUUGGUUUUUUUUCCCUACAUCUACUCCUCCUCAAGGAUUGAGGACAAGAAUGAUCCCUAGACAGACUGCUUUUUCUUACCGACUCCAGAAUUCUUCCAGCAGUUCACUAGUUUGUGGUCUUGUUCCGCUGUGCUUCCAGGAUGAUUCCUUCAAGUAGGACUUUGUCAAUGAAUGACUAGAAUGGGCAGACAUGACUGUUGUGCUAUGAUGUACACUGUAUUACAAUGCAUUUCUGUGUGUGUAUGUGUGUGCGCUUGCAUGUGUGUUUGUUUGUUUUUUUAAUUUGUUUGUGUGUGUGUGUGUGUGCGUGUGUGUGCAUGUGUGCACGCAUGUAUAUGUUUCUGAUUUCUGUGUGUCUGUUUGCAUUUGAACUUCAAUGGUAGCAUACUGUAUCGACAAUUGUAUGUUUUUGCCAACUAAUUUUGUCUUGAUAUUUCAACUCAUAAUCUCAGCUAUGUCCCCCAUUUUACAAUGAACUGUUGCUCACAUCCUGGUCUUAAUUCAGCUUUACUUUACAGACAACUGUCUCAAAGUUAACAUGAUUUCUGUUUGAACGGUGUUAGAGCUGACCAUAUUGCCUGACAGUGCUUCCUGCCUGUUGAAAAAUGAGAUAACAUGAAAAAUUAGAUAAAUCCAACACAUUUGCAAUUUUAGUCACUCAGCCUUCAUCCUUUAUGUUAUUGAUUACCUACAUUAAGCACAAUUCAUCUGCUUUUGCCAUGCCUUUAAUCAGAGUCCCCAAAAACAUAUAAAAAAUGGACUGAUGAUGACGAUGAGUCACCUGAAUGACUUCGGUUCUUGGUUGCAGUGCAAAAGCUAUAAAGCAUUUCCUUGAUCCUCCACCAGAGGGAGCUAUAUUACACCGCUCCACCUCUGCUAGUCCCCAGUGUUAGUAUUAAAGGCACGGUUUAAAUGCUGCUUUAGGCUAUCAGUUUAUGGAUAGAUAAAUGCAUAGAUAGAUAUAGUCUUUAUUGUCCAGCAGGAAAUUUGUUUUCACAGCCAGUAUAUGCACAGAAACAUUCAGGUAACAUAUGGAUAAGGUGAGCUAGGCUAAUGUAUACAUUGCUAAACAGUAGCCUAUUGGAAUUAAUUUACCUGAAAAAGAAUUUAAUUAUUUAACGACAAGCUAUGCUUUAGACAUGCAUGACCUUAACCUUCAUGCCCUUACCAAAGACUGGUAUUAAUUUCUACCACUGAUUUCAAAUUUCUGGAGUUGGUACCAACAGCAGAUGAAUAACUGCCCAUUAAACUGCCCCUGUGCCCUGCUAAUGACAACUUAAGCAAUUAUCUCUUAUCCAAUCCUCAUCUGAAGGAUAGGGAUACGCCUUUACUCAUUCUUUGGAUUCAGAUUCAUUUUUUCACGAGUGGAGGACACAGUAGGCUUGUGCCAAGCCAAAUUCUAAUAUACGAGUCUGGAUUCAAGAGCACCUUGGUCCAGAUUUAGGGUUUGUCACCGUUGUUGUGGCCUUCCAUUUAAGUAUGUGCUUUAAUUUGGUGCAUCAGUUAACCUGCUGCAAGCUGCCUUGUUCAUUCACUGUUCAUCAGCUUUGGCUUCUUUUCCACUGAGCUCCAUCAUUUCAGUCUCCUAUAAAUGGUCUCAGUUCCUUUAUGACACUGUUUCAGUUUGAAAGCUGUGUGUCUGUGUUUAUAGUGUCUAUAUGUCUAAAGUGUCUGCCGGGAUUCUGUAAGUAAAUCGCAUGUUGGCCUGAGGCUGCAGGCACGAGAAUGCUUGACUUUUCCAUACAACAUGGAAGGUGCCAACCUUCUCCCCUGCUGAGUUUUCCAGUCGUCUGUAAAUAAUGCUGCAAACUGCCUGGUUUUUCAAAAGCCAACAAAACCCAUGCAAGGAUCUCUUAGGACAGUUUAACAUGUAGUCUUUGAUAUGGUUUCUAACACGAUGGAACAGAAGCGAGUUUCAUUUGUUUACAUUAUGUUUACAAUGGCACAGUUUUAGUUUCUAAGAAUAUAUAGAUAUAAACAAUAUUUGCAUAUUUAUUGCCUAAGGUUAAAUAAUAUGAUGUGUAUUGUGUUUUCACAUUUGGAAUAUAAUGUUACAGUUGUCACCUGUGUUACUAUCUGGAUGAUUUUUGGUAAAGUAGUUGGUAAUUUUUAUGAAUACCAAGUGACUGUUUUCUGUGCCUUUUUAUGGUUAGAAUGCAUGGUUAACUAUUUAUUACAAUUUGGAGUCACUGAGAUGUGUAUUUUUGUAUUCUGAAUGAAUAAAUGGUUCAGCUCUUGUACAUUUUGGAGGUGCCUUGAAAAGGCUACCUAUUCAUAUCUUCCUUCUUCAAUAAAAACG